CAUUUUUUGAUGAAAUACAUUUUAGGAGAAGAUUGAAAAAAUGUGGAAGAGAAAAAUUGAAGAGAAAACAGAUUUAAAUUUUAUGAUUCAAAAUAAGAAAGCUUUUAGAAAUCCGAGCAUUUACGAGAAACUUAUUCUUCAUCUCAACAUUGACGAAUUAGGCACAAACUUCCCUCCUGAGUUAUAUGACGGUCAUCUGUUUGGAAAAGAAUCCUACUACGACGAACUGUCUAAGAGUCAGAGAGCUGAAAUGGACAAGAGAGAAAAGGCUGCCGAAGCGAAGAAGAAAAUGGGAGAUGCCAAAAUAAAAGAUGCUUUGAAUACACUACAGCAGAGAAAAUCUAAAUGGGAUCAAGCUUCGAGUGGACCUGGAGUAGGAGUAAACCCUGCCCUAGCUAAAGUUAUCCCAGCCUUCGGAAGUUUAAAGAAGAAAUAGAUCUGUUCGAAGAUGAAUCUGGGUUAUCUAAAUAUCUCUGUUAUGAGUCAACAUGUUGAAAAUAUCCUUCUUUCCUAAAUUUUAAAUCAAUCUAAUUGAACAGAUCUAACAGCUAUCUAAUUUAUAAUCUUUUUAAACUGUACUUAAGUCCGGAUUAGUAUAAUCUUAAACUUCAAGUUCAGGUUUCUUUUUAAAUCUGUACUUAAGGUCGGAUUAGUAAUUAUCUUAAACUAUAUGUUCGGUUUUUUGUUUUUAUUAUUGAUGAAAAAUAUUUUUAGACUCUGAACAGUUUGCUAAAUCAAAAUAUUUUGUCCACCCUCUUCACUAAAAUCUCAGAAUUGUAUCCUAGACUCCAUCCUGUUUCAGAGAGAAUGGCCGAGGAGGGAGAUUCCAGUUUCACGAGAGAAAUACCAGACGAUAUUUGUCGCGAUUUUAUGCGAAAUGUUUGCAAUCGAGGCCAGAAAUGCAUAUUUAAACACCCAGAAAGUGGUCCUGAACAAGCAAAGGCUGAACCUUCAGGAUUACAAGAUAAGGUGAUGUUCUGCCACGACUUCCAGAACAAUCGUUGCGCCAGAUCUAAUUGCAAGUUUAUCCACUGUAGUAAAGAUUCAGAAGCUGAAUAUCUAGCUUCAGGACAGUCACACACUAACCGCUACCUUCCGCCAUUAGUGAGAGAUCAAAUAAUAACCAAAGGUGUGGCGGCAGAUUUACCGGCGGUGAGCGGCGGAAUACCGGUCUGCAAGGACUAUCUUAAAGGCAACUGUCGACGCAAAUCCCGGUGUAAAUUCCGCCAUCUGAACUCUAGAGAAUAUGAUAUGGAGAUGGCGUCAUCUUUCCCUCCCGCACAGAACCUUCUCCAAACAUUCUUCGAGGAGGCAGAUAUGGGAGACCGGCGGGGUCCGAUGAAACGGAGAAUGAUGGAGACGGGCGGGGGAUUUGAAAUCGGGCCUCCGCCACAAGCAUUUAUGAUGUUAGAGGAGGAGAAUUGCCAGUUAAAAGGACGAAUAUGUGAACUAGAAAAGAAAGUAUCUGAUCUUCUUGCAACAAACGAGUUCCUGCUCGACCAGAACGCCCAGCUGAGGAUGGGUGGAGGAGGUCAGCCUCCAGGUCCUCGGCCUCCGAUUAUGUACGGGAGACCGAUGUAAUGCCUCCAGUAUUCUCCUGUUUUCUGUUUGUUGAAAGUUCUCAUGAAAUAUUCUCCUCCGAUACAGGAGUUUAUGUAUAUAUGUCAAUAAAGAACAGAUCAACACAAAUAAUUGUUUUUAAAUUUGAUUGAAGUUCAACUCUUUUUUUACAAAAAGUACAAAUGUGUUUUAAAAAUUCCUUCAUGAAGCUUCAAGCUUUUAUAGUUUUUAAAAGAUUUAAAUCCGUUAAAAGUCUUUAAUCCGGAUUUAAGCCUAGUUUUUUUUAUGAAUACACAUUUGUAAAUGAUCUUAUCCUGAAUGUAUUUUGUUAAACUAAAAUUUCAGA